AUGAAUUUAGAUGAAUAAACAAAAGAGUUUUUAAUAUCAGGUUUUAAAAGCUACGUUUGUUGUUUAACUAAAACCAAAAAUGUAUUUAUUCCAAUAGAAAGCACUCAAGAAAUUACUCUAUUUAGAUAUGAAAAGUAUUGGAAAAUCCUAAAUGAUCAAAAUAAUGCUCUUAAUAAGAGGAUAACCAAAUUCUAUUUUAAAAAUUACCAAUAAAUUUAAACCACUCUUGAGAAACAAAUAAUCUGCUCGGUACAUCGUUUACCAGUAAAACUCCAUCAAAAGUAAAACAAAAGAAAUAUAUUUCAUAAAAUAAGAUUAAGCAAAUAAGAAAAUGAAGGCAGAAAUUCUAGGACAUUUUAAGAUGGGUUCUAGACUGAUAAAGAACCCUAUGUGGGGAAUUCUGUUGGCAUAGAAUCAUAAGGUGAGAUAUUUUCUCAUUUAAAGAACAUUGUACUGUCUUCAUCUAAAACAAGAGAGUAAAAAUCAAAUUAUGAGAAUAAAAAAUAUAUUCUUAGAGAUAGUUAAAUUCGAAAUGAACAUGAGAUGAUUUAAAGUUAAUUGGUUUUAUGUGGUAAAUCUAUGAAAUUCCCUUAUAAUGAGUAAGAGAAGAAAAGAAUCCUAAGUAAUAUCUUUGAAAAUAAGGACAAUGCUAAUAAUGCUUCUAAAGACAAAUCAGUUGAACAGGUGUCACUUUCUUUAACCAAAAAUUUGAAAAUCUAAAAAUAAGGAUUGAGUAAUAAAUACCACUUAAUAAAAAUCAAACAAAACUGCAGUCAGCUUAAAUUAUAACAGUUAUAAUUAUAAAAUUGA